AUGCGGCGAACCCUCGUUGCGAAUCGCGGAGCACUCAGUCUGCUCGGCUUGGAUGAACGAUUGCACUACACGGAGGAGGAGGUGAAGGCGGCGUAUCGUCGACAAGUCAAACGGUUUCACCCAGAUGCAGGCGGCAGUGCGGAGCGUUUUCGAGAGCUCCACGAUGCGUAUGUUUUUCUCCUCGGGGAUCGCAAGGCAACAGACACUCCGGCAGAGUCAUGUGACAGCAGUUCUUUCUACAAUAACGCCCAUUCUCGGUGGUCUGCGGGUCGGUAUGAAGGAGCCGGGUGCGGUGCGGCAUUUGCACGUGAUGCCUCCAGCGGUUAUGCCCGCAGUGAUUAUGAGUAUGACUUGGGCGUUGAGUGGGACGGUGAGAGGAGGUACGCAAACCGAUCUACCCGUGAUUUCUACCGUCCGUACACAUCGAACCCGUUUGCUCAUGGAUUCACCGAUGAAGAGGUGCUGGAGGCGGAGCGACUGAAUCGGCUGCGUGUCUUGUGGGCAGUGCUGAAACACGGACUUAUUUUUGGUGGCUUGGUGUACCUUCUUUUCGUGUGCUGGCGGGACAACCGCAUUCAACGCGCCAUUGAGGCCCGCAACAACGGCUACGUGGACGCGUCUUACUGGGAGAAGUUGAAGGAGGACCAACAACGUGGCUUGACUCCGACGCCGCGCCGGCACUGGGCGGAUGUACAGAAUGAAGAGUUCAUGCAGGCGUGGAAUAAACGCCUUGAGGAGCAGCGGCGGCGGGGAUCCCCGUGUGGGGGCGGGGGUGGCUACGCAUUCCGUCCGGUGGCGGUGACGUUUCAAGGGCGCCCGUUCACACCGACGGGUGUUCGAGGCGCCCGCAGCGGGGUUCCGAAGAACACGGCGACUUAUGAGGGCGAUGAGCAUUGCGAGCUGGACGACGCGGAGGGUGACUGA